AUGUAGAGAAUAUUACCCUAUGCAUUUCAUGGAUUAGAUUAUUUAUAUGAGCCACAAUUGGCAAGAUUCUAUAAUCUAAUCCCUGCAUUUUAUACUUAAAAACUCGGAGAAGGAUUUUUGAAUCAAACAACUUAAGUUUAUACAUCAUUAUUACAAUCUAUUGCAGAAUAAGACAAAGAGUAUUUGAAAUAAAUUCUAGAGCCAAAGUUAUACCAUGCCACAUCGCAUUGUAUGGAUUUGUUAGAGCAAAAACAGCUGAAGUUAUAAUAUGUCGAAUAGGAUCAAUUAGAAAAUGAAGAUUAGUAAGAUCAAGAAGAAGAGGAAGAAACUUAAUAGCCUUAAUACUAGUUUAGUUUCUUUUCAAAAAAGAUUUAAAAGAAUUAGUAAUGACUUUCUCAUAUUCAUUAGAAGCAAUAAUUAACCAUAUCAUAUUUAUCAGGAGAAAGAUUAUAAAUGCAACAUCGAUGUCAGAGGUGUCUUCGGAGUGAAAAUUAACAGAAUUGAAAAUUAAAAUACUCGAUUUUUUUAGAUUCCUGCUUUUCCUGUCACUCCAAGGUAUUAAUAUUGACUUGAAAUAGGAAUUAUUUUGUAAAUGUUAAAAAUCCAUUCAGUCUUUAUGAAAACUAAAUAUUAGUUGCGAAUGUAUUAAUCCACACAAGUAAGAAAUUAAUUGCACUUGAUGAGGAAGGAAAAGUAGCUCAUGGCAAUUAUGAUAAAAAUUAAUUUUAAUAUCAUAAAUUAAGAUUAGAAUCUUAUGUACCAAAUUUUAAUUGGGUAAUCACUGAUAUAGAUGAUUAUCUCAAAGGGAAUCCUUAUUUUUGAG